AUGGAAUCACCCAACUCAUCCCCCAUUUUCCCACAAUUCACCCUAGACACCACCAAAAACAAUAACCCUGACCACUUCAUUGUCGAGGACCUUUUGGAUUUCUCCAACGACGAUGUUGUAAACGCCGACACCAUUUUCGAUUCUCUCCCUGUCAACUCCACCGACUCUUCCAACGUCACCGCCGUUGAUAGCUGCAACUCCUCCUCCUUCUCCGGCUACGACCCCAAUACCAUUCCGGACAUUGGUAGCCGGAAUCUCUCCGAUGGUCAUUUUUCCGGUGACCUAUGCGUACCGUACGAUGAUAUAGCAGAGCUGGAAUGGCUUUCGAAUUUCGUGGAGGAGUCGUUUUCCAGCGAGGACCUGCAGAAGAUGCAGCUGAUAUCAGGCAUGAAUGCGAGAAACGACCACGUAUCAAAGGCCCGCGGGUUCCACUCCGAGCCCACAAGAAACGGGUUUCACUCCGAGCCCACCAGAAACAACCCGAUAUUCAAUUCGGAAGUGUCGGUCCCAGCCAAGGCCCGUAGCAAAAGGUCCCGCGGGCCCCCAUGCAACUGGGCGUCGCGCCUCCUCGUCCUGUCCCCAACGACGUCGUCUUCAGACACUGAGGUGGUUUCUCCUGUUUCCACUCAUUCCGGCACAAAAAAGCCCGCAAAGGCAACGCCGAGAAAGAAGGACAGCGGCGAUGGCAGUGGCGGCGACGGACGCAGGUGUCUUCAUUGCGCCACGGACAAGACUCCGCAGUGGCGAACCGGGCCCAUGGGUCCAAAGACGCUGUGUAACGCUUGUGGAGUGAGGUACAAGUCGGGGCGGCUGGUGCCCGAGUACAGACCCGCGGCAAGCCCAACGUUUGUUCUGACAAAACACUCGAACUCGCACCGCAAGGUGCUGGAGCUGCGAAGGCAGAAGGAGAUGGUGCGGGCCCAGCAGCACCAGCAACAACAGUUCCUACAACACCAUCACCAUCAGAACAUGCUGUUAGACGUAUCCAACAGUGAAGAUUACUUGGUCCACCAACACAUGGGACCCGACUACAGGCAGCUUAUCUAG